AUGGCAGCAGAUGGCUACACUAUGGGAAAGAUGUGGAAUCCAUCCUUGUACAUUGGCUCCAUUCUGGACAGCCAUGAGCACCGGGUGGCAAUACUGCCAAAGCGAAUAAAGGACUCAAUGCCAUCUCCAGAACCGAAGCCAGGGGACUCUGGAUGGCUCUAUCGAGUGCUUGAGCCAUACUACUCGCGGGAAUGUGUGGACAAUGUGAUGUCGGCCAUGCUGGAGGGGCAGAUCUCAUCUGGGGCUGCCUGGCCUCGGAAAAUGGUCCAAGAGAUUUGCAGCCUCUAUCAGGUGCCUGUGGCGUUGCCCACCUCCUCAGGGGCCUCAGCCUUACAUGUGGCCUUGUUGGCUUGCAACUUGGGACCACAGGACACUGUACUGUUGCCUGCUCUCACGAUGGUGGCUGUGGCGAAUAUGGUGAAGAUGGUGGGUGCGAAGCCCAUCUACUGUGACUGCGCUGAAGACUCGGUGAACCCGGGCGUCCCGGAGCUCCUGGAGAAGGCGACGCCACGCACCAAGGCCGUGAUCGUUUGCCAUACCUAUGGAGUAGCGUGCAAGGACAUUGUGUCUAUCAGAGAUCUCUGCAAAGAGAAAGGCUGGUGGCUUGUUGAGGACAUCUGCGAAGCUAUGGGAACCCGAGCAGACAAUGGAGAGCUGGUGGGAACUUUUGGAGACUUUGCGGUGACCUCGCUCUAUGCUAAUAAACCCAUCACUGCCGGAGAUGGAGGUUGGGUCCAUGCCAGGGACAAGAAGCACCAUGACCGGCUGAAGUCCCUUGUUAACCAUGGCUUCGAUCCAGCUUAUCAUUUUCUCCACUUUGAGGUUGCCCCAAAUGCCAAAAUGAAUGGGCUUGGUGCGGCCUUUGUGUGUUCACAGGUGAAGACUCUCCCUGAAGUGAUGCAGUACAGGGGCAAAAUCGCUAGCUGGUACCGACAAGAACUGGCUGAUGUUGCUUCAAGCUUGCGCUGCAUCGAACAGAGGCAGAUUGAUGCACCUUGGGUCUUCGGCGUUGAGACGACGAACCGAAAAGCAAGGGAUGAACUGCGAGAUCAUCUCGCUCUCUAUGGCAUCGAGACGAGGAAUUACUUCUAUCCUCUUCACUUGGAGCCAGCGAACUUCUAUGGCGAUGAGGUCGGCGUCUAUGAUAUUCCUUUGCCGCGCUCCGAGCAUUUGGCCCAGGUUAUGCCAGUCUCCUGCAAAGGUACUGUGAUUCGCGCUUUCUACAAACCUGAUGCCGCCAUACCAGCACCUUCACGGAAGCAUGGUUGGGUGGAUGCUGAGCGAUCCAAGCUCUUGAAUUGUGAGCCGUUGGCGGAUCAAGGGCAGAGCUCCGUCCGAAUGCCGCUUCCGCGAGAGGCCAAGCGCAACGAUGAUUUGCAAGAGCAACUUCGAAGCUCUCGGGUGGAGGCGCAGGAGCUUCGGGAAGAGAUGCUCAAGAUGCGAGAGGAGUUGCACCAUGCCGAAGCCCGACGUUUGAAGGAGCUUCCAAAGCUGAAGAGUGAGCUCAAGCAAAGGCUCGCCAGCCAGGCGGAAUACCAUCUCCAGGAGGUGGAAGAAGAGGCACGGAGACGGGUGGCCGCAGCGGAGCGGCACUUUCAUGAGCAGGUGAGGGAGCUGGAAGCCCAGUUGGAUCAGGCACGGGAGACGAACGCGCAAUUGGGACGGAAGUGCUUCGCCAGCUACCAGGCGACGGCCCAAGCUGAAGGGACUUCUCGCCAGUCACAGUUCCAGUCGCAUCAGCUGCAACAGGCUGGAUCUGGGGGAAUUCCAUUAGACAGCAACGUCAAUGAUACGUUGGUGAGCUCCAAAGCUGAGCUGUUGGGGAACCACCAGGGCCUGGCAGAGGUCGUGUCACGACAUCUGGCCAGUGGCCACCCAGAGGUUGUGUCCGCAGCAGCGAGGUCGUUAGGCAGCCUAGGUAUGGCUGCUGUGAAGCAGCCGUUGGUCUGGGGACGGCUUCAAGAGCUCACGCAAAACCUGAGCUUUUUGCACGACCAGCCCUUGGCCGAUUUGGUCGUGCGGCUGCAAGGCGUUGGGGAUUGGAAGUGGCAAGGCGUUCCGCAAUGGCAGCGGGCACCAAUGGAGUGCGAAGCCAUCCUGGAAGAUCGGGAGGAAACCUUCGCGGCACCUGAGAUGCCGCAGGAAGAAUUCACCUUCCUGGCCAUUGAAGUUCCAAGUUUGCCACCCACUGCAUUCGAUCCGCUGGCGCUGGUGGAUGAGACUGCGGAUGCUGUGGAGGAGAGCCUGGCAGCGUUGAAUGGGCAGGUGAUUGUAAACUUUGCGACCAGUGCGGUUGAGGAGUUCAUGAUUACAAAGCGUCAACGGGAAGAGUACAAGGCGUACAUUGACCAUCUACACCAACAACGUUUGCAGUAUUUGGACGCGAAGAAGUCGGACAAGAUGACUAAGCUCGGCCUUGAGGGCACAGGAAAAGAUAAGACCACUGCCCCGGUCCUUGACCGAAAGCCUUUUGCCUGGCGAGAGCUCAAGAGUGUGCUUUCUUCGAACACUGUGCAGAUGCCAAAGGAUUCUUGGAUGUCCGAAGCUGUUCUGACGUCUUCGCGGAAGAUCACCAAGUCUCUGGUUCCUGUGGCCACAGGUGCCAUGCUCCCACCAUCUGUGCUGGUGCACAUGCUUGUGAGCCUGGGCUCGCAAGUGCGACCCGAUCCCGCAGGCCGCUGGGGGCGCAAUGCGGUGCGACAUCUAGCAAUCACAGAUGUCUUCUUUCCAACUGGAAUGGUCUUGAGCGAAUCAUCCGACAUCAUUAACCAGAAGAAGGAGGCACCGACGUUGGUGCAUUUGGUCGCUAUGUCUGUGAACAAGGAGAAUGGAGAUUUGGAAGGCAAGCACUUGCUUGAAAACAUCAAGCUUCCAUCACCGUCGAGUUACCCAUCAAUCAAGCCGCGAUAUGCCAUCAAGAGAUAG